AGCUUUCGCCACUACCACUAUCGCCUAAACGAUUACAGCGCUACUUUUGCCUAGCGGAAGUAUGAACUAGACGAGAUUGGUUCUUUUUCUGCUCCGACGGCUCCGACCACCCCGACCACGCUCCGACCACUGUGGCUACGACGACUUGACUUGGUGCUCUUGCUUAGUCUUUGUGGUUUGUGGCCUGCGUUGAACUGUGUAAUUCUCUGAACUGUAUUGGUGCAAAAGACGGACAAGAAUGGCAAGCUUAUCAAAUCUCUGUAGGUUCUCUUGCAGAACCUUAGUAACACGGGCAGCGUUCAAUCCGAAAUUGAAGCCUGGCCGGCAAUGCUGGGAGCAGCUUCGUCUGACGCCACUGGCCAGCAUGCACAGGAAGUUGACAUCGGCAGCCUCAUCACAGGGUCACGGCAGCCAUGAAAACCACACUAACAGCACUUUGGUUUACUUGGGCACAAUUCGUUCAACGGUGAAGAUGGUAAAAGCCUUGUCUCUAACGACGAGUUUUGUUGGUAUUUUGGCACAGCCCAUUUUGCUGCAACAGCUCAAUGGCUCAUCGAAAAUUGCAAUAGGGAUUGUGACCGUUUUUGCUUCCUUUUUCAUCUUCGUCACUCCACUACUGCUUCACUAUAUUACAAGAAGGUAUGUGACAGAACUCAGGUUCGACAGCAGCAACAAGCAAUUCAGUGCAACGACUUUGAGUCUUCUGAACCGAAAAAGGAAAUUUGACUUUACGGCUGAGGAUGUCAAGAUCCCCGCAGUUCCAGGUCCCUUCACUACAUUGUUGGCCAAGGGGCGCCCCUUGUUUGUGGACAUUCGGGACUUUUAUGAUGUAAAUGUGUUGAAACACUUGAUGGGUUAUGAUAAACCCAUUGACUGGCAUCUCAAUCAACCCCAGGAACAGAGCUUUGCCCAAAAACCCCCUCAAGAAGAAUCGCCAACUGCGAGGAAGGGGAUGUGACUAGGGUUUGUUUGUUUGUCGGCAGUUUAAUAUGUUACCAUAGGCCUCCUGAUGGUGCAUAGAGGAUGCAAUAGGACACUGAAUAUUGCACACCCUGUUCUUGUGUUGGCUAUUCCUUCGAAAUGAUAGACUUGUUAACCUCAGAAGAGCAUGUGCUGUGUGCAUUUAUGAAAAAUGUUUGCUGGUGCAGUGACUUCUAUGGAAAAUAAGCCUCAAAGACAGAUCCUUGUCCAAGUGCUUUACAUCUGCUCUGCUGAGGUGUCUUUACAUUAUGACGAAGCUGGCCCUUCGAAGUUGUUAAUUAGCUGUAGGGAUUAGGAGUGUUUUGUAGAUCUUUGUCACAAAGUGUUUGCUGACAUCGUUCGAAGGUGCAACAUGUGUCUGGUUUGCACAUUGUAUUCUUUGUGUAACAUGGUGGACCACAGGACACAAUCAGUCCUGUGUUCCACAGCCACUCCUAAACAAAGUGUUUUUUGCUUUCUUGCAUGUACAGCUGGCACGUAUUUAUCGUCAGUCUUUACAGAACUAAAACAGUGUGGCUACUCCUUCCAAUGGAACUGUCUUUUUCCAGAAGCUUGAAAGGAGCAUUCACUUAGUCAAUAUUGCUAUUGUGGAGUGACAUGGUCGUCAGAGGAGCUUUUUCUCCUGCUUUGCAAAGUUGCUCCAUGAGUGACUAUGGCUGGCUUUUUCAUAUGAAGUCAAAGACACUAUGUUGGGAGGGAGUCUAGAAUAUCUUGUGAACUAAAUCAGAAUUUAAAUGUGCACAAGGUUAGUUAAAGUUGGAAGUAGAUAAAGGUUGCUAGUUAGGGUAUUUGUAUUAUCUUAGCACAGUUGUACAAAGAAAGCAAAAACCAUUGCAUCAAAAGCAUUGGAAAACGCUGUCGGGUUGUCCGCCAACCUGGAAUUGUCAGAAUUUCAUAGCAUUCUGGAAUGUCUGGGUCUGUCAGGGAAAUAGCCAAAAAUUUGGAUAAGUCGGGGAAAAUUGCUCGUCAGAGUAGUGUGGUGAUGCUGAACGAGGUGUGAGGGCAGAGCCAACACCUAGAUAAGAAAGCCUAAGCGCUGAAUUUUCCUGCGUCACUAAAGGUCAGUAUAUGCCAGAGAUAGGAUAUGUCCACGGCAUCAGCGUUCAGCUAGGAGUCAUGUUCUAACUGAUUGGACACGAGUUACAGCCGAACGCUGACGCCAUAGUCUUGUCUAAUCUCUCUCCUAUGCUGGCCUUAGUAAUGCAGGAAAGCACUUGGGCUUGCUUAUCUAUAGACAUUUUCCACAGGAGCGCCGCCAUCUUGAAUUGUCGUCACUUCCAGUAUGGGCGACGACAAAAUAGUAAAACGUUUCAACCUGUUAUUAGUAAAAAAAUAGAGGGGAGCCAAAACCAGAAUGUGUGACGGUUAGGCUUAUAUCCUAAAUAUCUUCUAUUGGCGUGGUGACGGCAAAGUAAUGUUUUCGCCCAUACUGGAAGUGACUACAAUUCAAGAUGGUGGCGCCCUUGUGGAAAAGGUCUAUAGUCAGGUACAACAUAAAAAAGGCAAUGUGAGAGGAAAAGGGCGCACAUGAGGAAAGCCGUUGUGGAAAACCAGGUCGCUCCUCUCCACUUCAACUUUUCUAGUUUCCGCUAUCUUACCCCUUGCACUGUCUUAUGUUGUAUGUGAGGGGGUGUUGGCAGAGCAUGCAGUGGCAUGAGUGGCCGUCAUCCUGUGUAACAGUUGCCCAAGGGAUCUAGGCAGCGCAAGCCAUCCCCCCAUUAAUUUAAUGAAACGGGAGUAGUCACUGCAACCUCAUCCUCUGGCAAGCAUGACGUGUACACCCAACUACUGGCUGCUGUUUCACCUGAUUUUUCGGCCAGUCACGUGCGCAAUGUGUUCUUGUUUUCAUGUUGCGUUUUAAAAAUGAAAAUAUGUACGAUAUUGCUUUCGAAGGAGUGCUUUUAUCUGGACUGAACAACCUGGUGACUUCAGUGAAGAUCCAUUUAGCAAGUGCCAAGAUGUUUGAACGCCAUAAUGAUUCAUAAGUCUUUUCAUUCUCUGGCAGCUACUGCCACACGUUUUCCCAUUGACAUUUCUCACAUGUGAAAUCGCCACAAAAACACAGUUGAGAAUAAACAAGGCGGGCUCAGAUAGAUUUUAGUAUCGUAUCCCCCCCCCCCCCCCCCCCCCCCAUUUUCGACAGUAGCUGCUUUCUUACUGUUCUGACAUGUAGUUCUGUCGUUGGUGUGUCAUACUUGGAAAAAGACUGCAAAGUGUCAGCAACUCACUGGAAUUUGUUAGUGUUGCUUUGCAGCAUCUACAACCUCCAGGUGUGUGUGUGCUAGCGUUGGCACAUACAUUCACUUACAG